GCAGCCUGCGCUCGCUGCUCAGGCGGACAGAGGCUCCCCGCGCAGCCCGGAGAUGUGAGACCUUCCCGCCCGCCCCAUGUGCGCCCCCAGGUCCUGGUGGCGGGCGGGAGCACCCUGGCUUCUCAUGCUGCACCUGCUCCUGCCUUCUCCGGGGGCGCCAGCAGAACUGUACUGUUCUUUGCCCAGUCCUAGAAAUGUCCAUUUUGAAUCUAAAAACCUGAAGAAUAUCCUGCAUUGGUCACCACCAGAAGAACUGGGAGAGGGAGUACUCUAUAAGGUGAAGUAUUUGAUAUACGGCAUAGGUAAAUGGAUUAAAAAGUCAGAAUGCAAGAACAUCAGUAGAACAUGGUGUGACCUCUCCAAUGAAACAUAUAACCACGAGGACCAAUACUAUGCAAGUGUAAAAGCCUUUUUCAGUGGCAGCUGCUCCAGAUGGACAGAAACUGCACGGUUCAAUCCUCUCACUGAUACUAAAAUUGAUCCACCAGCAGUUACUGUGUCUUCCACUGAAAAAUCUGUAUCAAUAGUUCUGACUGCUCCUGAGAAAUGGAAAAGAACCCCGGAAGAGGAAUCUAUAUCUUUGUAUCAAGUCUACUCUGGCCUGCAAUAUAAUGUGUCUGUACUCAACAAAAAAACAAAGAAAAGAUGGGUCUUCUCUAUUAAAAACAAUACAUUGGUUGUGCCCCGGUUGGAAUCCAAUACAGUUUACUGUGUCAAUGUACAGACAUACGUUACAACACCACUUUUGCUCAGUGGAUUUUCCAAAGAACAUUGUAUUGCUACUCUGAAAGAUCCAAUCGUAGAGCAGACUGUAACAAUCGUAUUUGGAUGUAUUCUGCCCAUCAUUUUAACAGGCCUCAUUAUCUCUAUGGCAGGCUAUUAUGUGUACAGGUAUAUUCAUGUCAGCAAGCAAAAGCAUCCGGCUAACCUGGUAUUGCACUACACCGAUAAAUGUGAUGAAAGGGUUUUUAUCCCUUCUGAAAAAGUAGUGGUUAACUUCAUCACUAUUAAUAUGAUGGGUGAGUACAAGACUUCCCAGGAAACCAUUAAUUUAAUCGGCAGGGCCAGCCACAGUUGCAGCUCCAUUCAUGAUGAAAACAGAGUUGAUGAUAAGCCUUUGAAAAGAGCAUUGGAGGUGAAACACGUGAUUGAUACCUCUGAAGAUGUGAAAAUUUUACCUGACUCUGAGCAAUAUGGGAUUUGCCAACAUGGAUUCCACUCUGUUGUGGGUCGAAGAAAUGAAGGGGUUGUAGAGUAUGAACUUGAUGUGAGGCCUGCAGACCUUUCUCCUGUGCAAAAGCUAAAAGAAUGUGAUUUGACAGAGAAGUCUUCUGCACCAAGAGAACUGCUAGAUGAGCCACAGCUCACUUUGAGGGAUUUCACUGACGAUAAAAUGGGACAGUCAUACUGUCCCCAGCUUGAUGUCUGUAACCUGCACAUGUGUUCGGCGCAGAAACUAAAAGAACUCAGUUGGAAGGAGGAGGCUGCUGCACCAGAGGAACUACUAGAUGAUACACAGAUUGAUUUGGGUACUGAAAAAAUAGGACAGUCUUACUGUCCCCAGUUAAGAACAAUAACACAGAGCCUCCAAGAUCAAACUGGGACAAUGGAGGUAGAAGAGGGGGAUGAACAGACCAUAUUAGUAGAUUGGGAUCCUCAUACUGGAAGACUUUAUAUACCUACUUUGUCCAGUUUUGGGAGCAAUGAACAUGAAGAAGUAUUUGAGCACGAAGUGUGUGAUCAGCCUGCUAAAGAGGGGCUUUUGUCCAAACUCUGUAAGAGGCAGGCAUCUAAUGAGCCAUCAGAAGACCAAGAACCGUAUCUCCUGCAAUUCAAGGAGCAGUGGGAAUUGCACAUAAAAAUGGGAGACUGAACAGGCUUCCUUCAAGAUUUUAAAUGUUAAAUGUAAAUUGUUGCUUAUACCUUGAAGAGGUAUUUAUUUCAUCCAAAUCAUGGCUCAAUUUGGCCUAGAGGCUGGAUUUGUACUGAAAUUAUCAUAACCUCUGCUAUGUUGUCAUAUUUUUGAAGACUUGUACAGUAAAGAUGAUGCUCUAUAAGGAUUAUUCUGGUGUCUUCCUCGUGCUAUACACAUUAAAACAAAUUAUCUGUGCUUGAAAACAAUUAUUUGUAGAGAAUGUUAGGAAGCUUUUCUCACUAUGCACUGAAUAAAUCAUUAAAAAAUAGGAAGGAAGCAGAGAAAGAAUCUGAGGCAUCUUCUGCCACAAAGAUUCUAAGGGCCAUGACAGAUUUUCAUGGGAAAGUUCUUUCACAUAUUUUGGUAAAAAUAAGUAGACUUAUUUAAAGGCCCAGUCUAGCCCCCAUUGAAGUCACUUGAGAGACUGUUGUAAGCUUCCUUGGGAAUUGGAUCAAGCUUUAAUAAACUCUUGACUACCUCUACUGCAAAAUCUUUACUGAGAGGUGGGGAGAAAAGACCAAUUUUUUGUGGGAAUUAACAACUUCUACUAUGUAUCGUUUUUGCAGAAACAUUAUCUAUGGUGGUCAUUAAUAUUAUAGAAGCUCUUAGAGGCCCCAAAUGAGAUUUGAGCCCCAUUGUAUUAGUGUUAGUAAAAGAUAGUCCCUACACCAAAAUGUUUACUAUCUAAACAAAGGUGGAAAAAUAGGAAUACUGUUAUUGCUUGACCAGCCACGCCACAGUCGCUAUACCAAUCUCUAUCAGUGCAGUAGCAGUAAAUUAUUGGUGACACUUUUAACAUCCUCAGGGAAAGUGCAUAUAUUACCCAUAAACAUUCUAAUUACCCUAAAUUGAUCUUAUUAAAAUAGGCUAGGUGCUUUUGUCAAGCCAAAGUAAUCAGCAACAAAAUACAGACUUUCACAUGAAAGCAUAGUUGCAGUGACGGGGUCACUGGAGUUAACUAACUGAAUCGGAGCACCUUGUGCAAUGUUGUAGAUAAAAAAAAUCAAUGCAUUCCUCUGACAGCUAAACGGGGAAUAUUAAAUAGGAGUAAGCAGGUGCUGUUGCUUCUGCAUUCAGCAUUGAUGAAACCAUUUAUGGGAAUAGUGUCCAGUUCUGGCAUCAACAUUUCAAAAUUGAUAUUGAGAAAUUAGAAAGGGUUUAAAAAGAGGUACAAGAAUGAUUUUAAGGUCUGGAAAACACACCUUACAAUAAAAGACCAAAUCCCCUAUCUGGGAAUGAAUAUGCUUAAAUUCAUCCCUAUUCAGGACAGCACUAAAGCACAUGCUGAAGUUGUACUGAAUUCAAGGUAAAUCUUAAAAGUUAAGACUCUGCUUAUGUAUUGUAUUGAAUAGGGAUGUCCUGAGUAAGGCCGUGGACCUUAUUGAAGAGAAGGCUAAAGAGUGACUUGAUCCUGGUCCGUUAAGU